AUGCAGGCGCAUGAGGCUCGCUUGCCUGGUGCUCUGACAUCGCAACAGCCCAAUACACCCACCUUGGGCCAUUUUCCAACAGAAGCAGCUGGGCAGAUGCAAUCGGUGUCGCAAAGGAGCAGCCUGACAGGGAGCCAGCGCAAGGCAAAGGAUGAGGGCAGACAGGCGCCCAAGGACGAGCUUAAUCUGCCCUUACCCCCUCUGCAUCUAGACUUCAGUGUGAAGGGCGACGGUUCGCGACCUCUGUCAUGGCAACGCUACCACCGCCUUGGGACCCUUCAAGAUGCUUCGGCAGCCGUCAUUGGCAAAGGUGGCUUUGGGACCGCAUACAGGUUCAACCGCGAUGAUUCCUUUACGCCGCCCGAAAGUCUUUCGUCGACGAACCACAGCAGCGACCAGCCGAGCAUUGCGUUUCACGGCCGCAGAUCCCACCAGCAGCAUCGCUCAGACGAGGUUGAUCCAGCUCUGCUUCGAAACCAUCAGCCACAACAGCUGCCACACCAUGGCAUGGAGGACGUCACCGAUCUGCGAAGGAUGGCAAUCUUCAAGACGUCUGAGGAGGGGAUGCCUGUCUCUUCGUCGAGGGCACACUACACGCACUCGGCACCAGCAUCGCCCAUUUUGCCUGCACACCCUGUCAAGACUGGCCUGGCGAGGUCAUCCAGCGGUGGACAGGCACAACCGCGGUCUGCUAGGGCGCCCGCCGUCAUCGUCGUCAAGGUGUGUCGCACACCCACGAAUGGAUCCUACGACGAGCUUCCAAAGACGGGCUUCGGCCGCCACGAAGCAAAGACGGCUGCCCAGGAAAUUGCAGCGGGCAAUCCAGUGGGCCAACACACGAGAAUUGUUCGAGGCGAGGCCAGACUCUUGCGCUACCUCCAACUCAUGCACUCCCUUGAAACGUCCCACCUCGCACACCGACCACGGCUUCCUAUCGUCAAGCUCCUCGCCGACCUGGCUCACGGUGACUACGACGAUGGCCGUAAUGGCCCACCGGUGCCUCGGCUCCUCGUCUUUGAGCGCCUGGUCGACCUCGACGCCGAGCUGACUCCCAAGGGAUGGGCUCGAGGUAAGCAGCUGUGGACCAUCGAAAAGGUCGAGAGCGUAUGCAAAGAUGUCAUAUGCGGUCUCAAGUUUCUUCACGACCAUCACAUUGCCCACGGUGAUCUUAAACCAAGCAACUUCAUGCGUGACGCCAAGACGGGCCAUGUCAAACUCAUCGACCUCGGUGCCUCACGAAGGUGGGUCCGGCUGCACAACGCUGAGAAGGAGCGCACGUCGGCGGUCGAAGAGUUCGACUGCGCGGUGCGUGAGGGCGUCGUCGAGCCGCAAUUGCCGGGCAGCAUCGUCUGCGAAGGACUCGGCUCGCUUACCGGCUCGCCACACUUCAUGGCGCCCGAGGUACUGCUCCAGGCAGGCCGCUACCUUGCUGCUGACGGCAUAGCGCGGAAUCUCCUCGAUGACUACUUUGUCGACAAGAGUCGCCUGCCGCCCGUGCCCAGUGCCCGUCUCUUCGAUGCGGCCGUCGACGAAUUUCGGAGAGGGUGGGGCACAAAGGCAGACGUCUGGUCAUGGGGCUGUUCCGUCAUUUCCCUCCUGCUGCGGACACUGCCCAAGGAUGAGAGGCCAAGCUACAGCACGGCAUGCCCCUUUGACUUCUCCUUCGAGGUCAACUGCGAUGCACUGGAGCCUAUGUGGGAGCUGCACGAGUCGAAUGCGACGCUGCCUCGCUUUCACCAAUGGGCUCGCAUGUAUCCGCUGCGUAUCAUGGAGACCAUCUACCAGGGCAUCAAGCUGCCACACUAUGCCGCCCUGCUGUCGCCGCCUCUGCGAGAGGCACUGCAAGCUUGCUUUUUGCUCCAGCUGCCCAGACCGUCGUCGUCGGAUAUUUGUGCCUUCUUUGAGCAGAUGGCCAUCCUUCCCUCUACAACGGACAACGGUGAAUACGCCAUCAACGAGCACCACCGGCAUCACAGCCUCUACCAACACGAGCAGCAGCUCCCCAAUCAUCUGAUCGAAAACCGAGCAGCGUCACCUGCACUGCUGAGUCCAUUGUUCAGCACCCAUCUGCUCGCCGGUGUGCGCCAUCCAGGCAAUACAUCGUACGUGUCGCAUCCGGACUCGAUCCAUAACAUCGAUCUGGCUUCCUCAGUUGGGGGCAUCUCGGAGCAUCAGCAGGCACCUGCGACCGGCGCCUCGGCUUCGGCGAUGAUGCAGUCUCCCAUUCGCCCAGCGCACUCGCUCUACAACCGGCCUGACCAGUCGCAGAGUCAAGUCGCACUGCCCUCGCCCGCCCUCCGGCCGGGACCGACGACGGACCCCUUCGCGCGCUAUACGGGUCGCUCCCCAGUCACCACAACCGUUGGGCCUACUCGCAGCCCUAUAUCUGUAGCGCUUCCGCUCGAGAUGCAGAGUCAGCACCAACACCCGCAGGAACACCAGCACGAUGAACGAGCACAGCAUCAUCCGGCGGCAGAUAAACAGGUCUACCUCGAUCCGUUUGACGAAGAAGAUCGCCGUCGAUCGCUCCAGGUGGCUGGGACGACAAUGCCGACAAAGUCGGAAAGUCAAGACCGUCCCCGUUCACCUUGCCAUGAUAUCUCUCCAGAUCAAGCCAUGAGCUCGCCACGAUCUCCAGACCAGAAACAUAACGAGAUAUCAGCAAGUAAAUCGAAGGAACCACAAGAAGAGCAGCUGCAACGAGUUGUGGAGGAGGAGAGAGAAGAGAAGGAGAAACCGAUAAGGCCUAUCGAGACCCCUUCGACGCUCUUCUCGAUUCCCCAGGUCCAGCCGCCAGACGAUGACAGCGAACAGAGUGGAGAGGUCAGACAUCGAGAUUAUGCCAAGGAAACUACGGCAGAGAGGCACAAGGAGCCCCAGAAGGAGCAGCAAUACUGCGACAUCAAUUUGCGUAGUGGCGAGAAUUCGGUGCUGCCGAAGAGGGAGCCGGCUAAAAAGAAGUCAACAACACUUCUCAAGUCUCUCCUGCCCUUUCAUAAGAGCUCUGGCAGCCAUCGACUGUCGCAGUUUCCCACGUCAACGCCAUGGAAGGAGGGCGACAGGUGCGAAGUAGAGAUGCUUGAGGAAACGUCAAGUGCGCCAAGACAGGGGACAAGAGAUGCUGAAAUGUCAUUCGUGGCAGAGAGCAGCGGCAUCUUGGCCCAGGAACAAUCGAUGAACUACUCGCAGCCGUCCGAGGACCAAGAAGGACGAUCAAUGCACUCAGACGGUGGCGCCUUCCAUCCCCCUCCGCCCAUUCUGGUCCCUCCACACAAGCGUACGCAAAAGGAGCGCUCCUCUCGUCGUCCAAGCGGUGCACCUGAUCCGACGUCGUCUUCGGAAAUGCCGUUACAGCAAGAGACGAAUGCAACAGAGCAGACCGAUACUGCUGGCCCAAGUAUCGUGAAGUCAAUUGCUUCGCAAGUGAGAUCGACAAGCAGUCCGAUCGAAACAUCUCGUAGCAGGUCAAAUACUGCUUUGAGAAGGUCUAACCAGUCGCAUCAGCGUACGGAGACGUCCGAGACGCCUGCAUCCCCAGCCUCAUUGACGAUAAAGAAAUCGUCUCGACUUCGGGUCUCUAGGAGCUUUGCCUCCAUUCAAGAGGCGGCACAACACGCUGGCCAUUUCAUCAGCUCAGCGCUGGCUCCUGGACGAUUGUCAAAGCCGAGCCCCCCUAAAUCUUCAUGCAUGAAUGCGGCCUCUUCAACAACCUCGCAAACUUCCUCGAGGACAGGGACAGCCUCUACUUCUUCGAUGGUUUUGACUGCGGCGGGUCAAGCCUUCGAUGCUGACCAGGUAAACGCGGACCUGGAAGAUUCCCGCUCGUACACCGCAGAGGUUGGCGCUUCAGAAGAAGUAUUGGCCCCUGUCGUUGACGGACAAGCAACUCCUGUCGCAGCCCCUCUUGUCAGCGACUCUCACGCUUCCAUCGAGCAUCGUGCAACGACCCUUACCUCACCCACCGCUCGAAGCCACCCAGAUCAUAAUGAGGUCGGCUGCGGCGGCGUCGGUGCUUCAACGUCGUCUUCACCUUCUUCAAACACUUCCUCGACAGGCGGAAGAAAGGCGAAGACGUUCAGUCUCAUGUUUCUCCGCAGCGCGAGCCACAGCAAGAAAGCCAGCUAG